AUGCAACCAACUCGCAUUGGACUACCUUUAAACGCCAACGAUAAUACUGUUCAUAACACUACUUUGAUACAAACUCAAUUGGAAGAUAAUUCUAAAGAUGAAGGCUGUUUUUGUUUGCAUAAGAAUGUAUCCUAUGAUUUUUGCUACCAUCUGCCGCAGGAUGGGGCUGUCAAAGGAAGACGAUUUGACUGUGCAUUUACCUCAUAUCUUGAAGAAUUAGGACUCUUGUCACCAAUGAAAGUUAUUGACAUGAGUUUGGAAGAGAUGCCCACACCAGCGUUUAUAACAGCAAUGUCCGAAAAUCAUUAUCGGGAAGGGCUUACACUGGUGAGGUUACUGUAA